GGGCCGCGCGAGGCGGCGCAGCGGCUGCGCGGCGGUGCAGGAUGCGGGCUGCAUGGGGCUGCUCUGGCUCCUCUCCUUCCUCCACUCCACCUUCUUCGGCGAUGAGGCCCUGGAGGAGCUGAAGAUGUCGGGCUCCAUCGCCUCGUACGACCAGCUGGUGCGGCAGGUGGAGGCGCUGAAGAAGGAGAACAGCCACCUCCGCCGCGAGCUGGAGGACAACUCCAACCACCUCUCCAAGCUGGAGAAUGAGACCUCCGACAUGAAGGAAGUGCUGAAGCACCUGCAGGGCAAGCUGGAGCAGGAGGCGCGGGUCAUGGUGUCCUCGGGGCAGACGGAGGUGCUGGACCAGCUGAAAGCGCUGCAGAUGGACAUCACCAGCCUCUACAACCUCAAGUUCCCGGCGGCCGCGCUGGCCGUGGAGCCGGCGGGCCCCGGGCGCAGCCCCCAGGAGAGCCCGCUGCACGCCGCCGCGGCCCGCGGCAAGGACGGCGCCGGGGAGCCGAGCCGGGCCACCACCCGCCUCCUGGAGGAGCUGGACCGCGAGAGGUGCUUCCUGCUGGGCGAGAUCGAGAAGGAGGAGAAGGAGAAGGGCUGGUACUACACGCAGCUGCAGAGCCUCUCCAAGCGCCUGGACGAGCUGCCCCACGUGGAGACGUUCUCCAUGCAGAUGGACCUCAUCCGGCAGCAGCUGGAGUUCGAGGCCCAGCACAUCCGCGCGCUGAUGGAGGAGCGCUUCGGCACGGCCGACGAGAUGGUGCAGCGAGCGCAGAUCCGGGCAUCCCGGCUGGAGCAGAUCGACAAGGAGCUCAUGGAGGCUCAGGACAAGGUGCAGCAGUCGGAGCCGCAGCUCUGCGGGAAGCUGCCGGGCAUGGAGGAGGACAGCAGCCUCGAGAUCCCGACCCACCCCGAAGACGGGGGCGGCAGCCUGGGCAACAGCAAGGUGGAGGUGGUCUUCUGGCUCCUGUCCAUGCUGGCGACGCGGGACAAGGACGACAUGUCCCGCACGCUGCUGGCCAUGUCCAGCUCGCAGGAGAGCUGCCUGGCCAUGCGCAAGUCGGGCUGCCUGCCCCUGCUCAUCCAGAUCCUGCACGACACGGACCGGGAGCCGGGGCCCCCCGAGAGCCCCGCUGGUGCCAAGGACGCCCGCAUGCGGGCCAACGCCGCCCUGCACAACAUCGUCUUCUCGCAGCCCGACGAGGGCCAGGCCAAGAAGGAGAUGCGGGUGCUGCACGUGCUGGAGCAGAUCCGCUCCUACUCGGAGACCUGCUGGGACUGGCUGCAGAUGCAGAGCCGCGACGGGGGCAAGGGCCCGGAGGGCGGUGCAGCACCGGUGCCCAUCGAGCCCCAGAUCUGCCAGGCCACCUGCGCCAUCAUGAAGCUCUCCUUCGACGAGGAGUACCGGCGCGCCAUGAACGAGCUGGGUGGGCUGCAGGCGGUGGCUGAGCUGCUGCAGGUGGACUACGAGAUGCACAAGAUGACGAGCGACCCGCUGAACCUGGCGCUGAGGCGCUACGCGGGGAUGGCCCUCACCAACCUCACCUUCGGCGACGUGGUCAACAAGGCAACGCUGUGCUCCCGCCGCGGCUGCAUGGAGGCCAUCGUGGCCCAGCUGGCCUCCGACAGCGAGGAGCUGCACCAGGUGGUGUCCAGCAUCCUGAGGAACCUCUCCUGGAGGGCCGACAUCAACAGCAAGAAGGUGCUGCGGGAGGUGGGCAGCGUCACGGGGCUGACGCAGUGCGCGCUGCACGCCGCCAAGGAGUCGACUCUCAAGAGCGUCCUCAGCGCGCUCUGGAACCUGUCGGCGCACAGCACGGAGAACAAAGCUGCCAUCUGCGUGGUGGAGGGGGCCCUGGGCUUCCUGGUGAGCACCCUCACCUACAAGUGCCAGAGCAACUCGCUGGCCAUCAUCGAGAGCGGGGGCGGCAUCCUCAGGAACGUGUCCAGCCUCAUCGCCACCCGCGAGGACUACAGGCAAGUGCUCCGGGACCACAACUGCCUGCAGACGCUGCUGCAGCACCUGCGCUCGCACAGCCUCACCAUCGUGAGCAACGCCUGCGGCACGCUCUGGAACCUCUCCGCCCGCAGCCCCAGGGACCAGGAGCUGCUCUGGGACCUGGGCGCCGUCAGCAUGCUGCGCAACCUCAUCCACUCCAAGCACAAGAUGAUCGCCAUGGGCAGCGCUGCCGCCCUCCGCAACCUGCUCACCAACCGGCCCCCCAAGUACAAGGAUGCCGCCGUCAUCUCCCCGGGCUCCUGCAUGCCCUCCCUCUACAUGAGGAAGCAGAAGGCUCUAGAGGCCGAGCUGGAUGCGAAGCACUUGGCCGAGACCUUUGACACCAUGGAGAAGCAGAGCCUGAAGAGCCAGAGCGUGAAGAAGCCGAUGCGGCACAUGGAGAGCCUCGUGAAGGACUACGCCUCCGACUCCGGCUGCUUUGAUGAUGACGAGGUGCCCAACGUCUCGACCGGAGUGGAGACAGGGAACGCCUCCGUCCUCUCCAUGUUCCUCAAUUCCUCCUUCCUCCAAGGCCAGGCCCUGCCCCGGGCUCUUACGCAGAGGAGGUGUCCGGAGCCGGAAAAGGACACGAGCAGCAAGCUGCCCGAGCCCAAGAGGCCACCGCUGCCAGAGGACGACGUUUCCCUGGCUGCAGAGAAGCUGGCCAACAAGAUCUCCAGCACGGUGGCCAAGAUCGACAAGCUGGUGGAAGACAUCUCCACCAUGCACACCUCCUCAGACGACAGCUUCAGCCUCAGCUCCGAGGACCACUGCCUGGACUGGCAGUACGGCGCCGAGGAGGCGCACGAGGCGCGUGCCCAGUCCUGCUCGCCGUGCCGCCUCUCGGACACCAGCGGCUUCGUGAAGCGGGAGACCCUGAGCCGGGCGCACACGCUGCUGCGGCUGAAGACAGCCUACACCAGCCUGUCCAACGACAGCCUCAACAGCGGCAGCACCAGCGACGGCUACUGCACCAAGGAGCACAUGAAGCCCUGCACCCGGGCCUCCUUCCUCGACUACCGCGAGGAGCUGCAGCGGUACCAGAAGCGGCCCAGCAGGCUCGACCUCAAGAACAUCCUCAGCAACAAGCCCGAGCGGAUCGAGCCACCCGCACUCAAGGCCAAAGACCCAGGGGAGCCGGAGAAGCCGGAGCAGAGAGACCUGCCCGAAAGAGCCAAGAAGACGGUGACUUUCCCCAGUCCCAAGGCACUGGACAAGGAGCCCGAAUGGAAGAAGGACGCAGGCAGCAAGCUUUCCUCCGACCCGCAGGUCCACACCAUCAAACUCUCCCCGUCCUACCAGCACAUCCCCCUGCUCGAGAGCCUGGCCAAGAGCAGCUCGGCCGCGAGCGCCGGGGGGCUGGCCAAUGCCGGCCACCACGCCUCGCUGCUGGGCAGAAAGCAAGCCUGGCUGCCCCCUGUGCUCCUGCAGACAGCCGAGACCCUCAGCAAGAUCCCGGAGAAGCUGUCUGCCCACCCGCCAGCCACGGCGGAGCAGGAGUCGGUGCAGAAGUACUCGGUGGAGGACACCCCGAUUUGCUUCUCCCGAUGCAGCUCGCUCUCCUCCCUCUCCUCGGCCGACAACGUGCUGGACGGGCAGAGCCACAGCGAGAACGACAUUGACAGCGACUCCUCCCUGGAGAUCAUCGAGAUGGAGGAAGGGGACGGGGAGCCUGAGGACGGGAGGCAGGAGAAGGAGAAGGCGGUGGAUCCGGGCCCAGCCACGCCAGCUGGGAUUUCCCAGCCCAUCACAAUCCCCUUCCAGAAGCGUGACAAGGUCUUCCUGCGGGAGUCAUCCCCGUCACGCCACGAGGACCUCACACCCUCGAGCUCCUCGGAGAACUACAUCCAGGAGACACCGCUGGUGAUGAGCCGGUGCAGCUCCGUCAGCUCCCUGGGCAGUUUCGAGAGCCCGUCCAUCGCCAGCUCCAUCCAGAGCGACCCUUGCAGCGAGAUGAUCAGCGGCACCAUCAGCCCCAGCGAGCUGCCCGACAGCCCCGGGCAGACCAUGCCGCCCAGCCGCAGCAAGACGCCCCUCUUCGAGCUGGGGUGCCAGCCGGAGAAGGAGACCAGCCAGUUCAACAUCCAGUGGGAGAACAACGUCAAGAAGUUCAUGGAGAUCACUGACUUCAAGGAGCGCUUCCAGCUGCCCCAGGACCUGGACUCCAUGGUCUACUUCACGGUGGAGAAGCCCAACGAGAACUUCUCCUGCGCGUCCAGCCUCAGCGCCCUGCCCCUCCACGAGCACUAUGUCCAGAAAGACGUGGAGCUCAAGCUGAUGCCCACCUUCCCGGAGAAGAACAGCUUGAACUUCGUGGCCCACGAGAAGCGGGAGGACAGGCGGGAGGAGCGGUACCUGGAGGGCAGGAGGAGGGCGGACCGCCCCGAGCCCAACUCCGACGACGACAUCGAGAUCCUCAAGGAGUGCAUCAACUCCGCCAUGCCCUCCCGCUUCCGCAAGGUGAAGACUUCCCUGCUCUCCGGCCAGGUGCUGCACCCGCAGACCAAGAAGGCCGUGCACGUGCCCGUCUACAUGCUGGUGCCGGCCCACGCGCACCCCGGCGUCCCCAAGCACCUGCGGGCCACCACCCGGGACCUCUUCAAGGACGACGACUCCUUCACCGACUCGGCGGACGGCACCCCCGUCAACUUCUCCAGCGCCGCCUCGCUCAGCGACGAGACCCUCCGCUACCCCGCCAAGGAGGAGGCCGAGCACCAGCGCGGCCCCGGGAAGAGGCCGGAGAGGAGAGAGGCGGCGGCGGCGCUGCCCGGGGGGCACCGGGAGCCGGGGAGCGCCAGCGGCACCGCGGGGAAGAGGUCCUCCUCCAGCAGCUCCACGCCGACCCGCGGGAGCUCAGCCUACAAGCCCAAGGCAGCGCCGAGCGGGGCCGGCCCGGCGCAGCCGAGCAGGGGCCAAGGCACGGAGGCAAAGCGGGGCCGGGCGCCCUCCAAGAGCGGCGCGAGCCUGGAGCGGGACGUGGGCAGGACCGGCAGCCCCGGGCCCCGUCCCGGCAGCGGCGCCGGGAGGAAGGAAGCUCCCCGCGAGGACGGCGGCCGCGGCGGGGUGGCCUUCCAGUCCCUGUGCCACACCACGCCGACGGAGGAGGCCGUCUACUGCUUCUACGAGCACGACUCCGACGAGCCGCCAGAGGCCGGGAGGGAUGCGCCGGGCGGGAGAGCCCAGCCCGGCCGGGCCCCGCGCAGGGAGCGCUGGAGCGGCUCCAGCUCCCGACCGGAGCCGGAGCCGAGCGCCCGGCAGGCGCCCGCCAAGGCGAAGGCGGCUGCCAAGCUGCAGCACAACCUCAUCGCCGACGAGACGCCGCCGUGCUACUCGCUCAGCUCCUCCAUGAGCUCCCUGAGCGACGCCGACCUCUCCGAGGGCGAGGGCCGGGCGCAGCCCCACGGCAAAGCCGCCCGGGCGCGGGCCGGCAAGGCGCCGGGGCAGGCGCGGGGCGGCUCCCCCAGCUCGCUCAGCCUCAACUCGGAGGACGACCUGCUGCAGAAGUGCAUCGGCUCGGCCAUGCCCAAGCGCCGGCGGCCCUCGGCGCGGCGGCGCACCGCCGAGCGCAAGCAGAAGCUCGCGGUCUCCGGCGCCAAGAGCGUCGGCGGGAGGGAGCGGAAGCCCGAGGCCAGGCAUCGCCCCGCCGAGGACGCCGGCUCCGACCGCGGCUCCGACCUGGACAGCGUGGAGUGGAAAGCCAUCCAGGAGGGCGCCAACUCCAUCGUCACCUGGCUGCACCAGGCCGCGGCGUCCCUGUCGCGGGAGCCGUCCUCCGAGUCGGACUCCAUCCUCUCCUUCGUGUCGGGGCUCUCGGUCGGCUCCACCCUGCAGCUCUCCCUGGAGAGGAAGGAGAAGAAACGGGCCGCCACGGGGGCCGGCCUGGAGGCCGAGAAGAGAGAGCACGGCAAGGGCUUUCCGGAGGGGAAGAAGGUGCCGGAGGCCAGGGCCGCGGGCAGCAGGAGCGCCGGGGCGGCCAGGAGCACGGCCCCGCCGAAGCCGAUGCCGAACCUGCCCGUGGUUUUCCGCGGCAGGACCGUGAUCUACAUGCCCAGCCUGGCCAAGGAGGCCCCCAGCCCGCGGGCCACCCCCAAGAAAAGCGCCGCGGCGAAGCCUGAGGCACCUGCCAAGAACCCGUCGCUGAGCCAGCAGCGGUCGCGGAGCCUGCACCGGCUGGGGAAGCCCUCGGAGCUGGGCGACCUGGCGCUGCCCAAGCGCAGCACCACGCCGCCCGCCCGCAUGGGCAAGGGGCCGCCGUCCUCGGGCUCCUCCCGCACCUCCACGCCGUCCCAGCCCGCCCCCAAGAAGCUGCCGUCGCCCUCCCAGCUGGCCAGGCCGGGCCCCGCGCCGGGGGGCAAGGCGGGCGGCAGCUCCCCGCCGCCGGGCGCCCCGGGCAAAGCGCCCAAGUCCCCGGCGGCCAAGCAGCACAAGACGCAGAAGUCCCCCGUGCGCAUCCCCUUCAUGCAGAAGCCCAGCAAGAAGGCGCUGCCGGGCCGGGGCGCGCUGCCGGCGCUGGAGGAGCAGGCGGGCAGUGCCAAGCUGCGCGGCGGCGGCGGCGGGCGAGGGGGGCCGGGGGCCGGGCGGCUCGACCUGGUGCGCGUGGCGUCGGCCCGCUCCAGCGGCAGCGACUCGGACCGCUCGGGCUUCCUGCGCCAGCUCACCUUCAUCAAGGAGUCGUCCAGCCUGCUGCUGCGGCACCGUGCCGAGCUGGCACCGGCCCCCGCCGCCUCCCCGCCGCCGCGCAGCCGCGCCGCCCUCCCCGCCGUCUUCCUCUGCUCGUCCCGCUGCGAGGAGCUCAAGGCGGCCAAGGCGGCGGCACCCGGCCCGCGGCCCCUCGGUGCCAGGGCUCAGCCCGGCGGCAGGGCGCCCGCCGGCCCCAAGCCGCCGCGCAGAACCAGCUCGGAGAGCCCGUCGCGGCUGCCGGUGAAGAGCGGUGCCGCCGCGCCCGAGCCCUUCAAGCGCUACUCGUCCUCGCCCAACAUCAGCGUGGGGGCCAGGAGGGCCGGCAGCCCUUCCUCCGUGCUCUCCGCCGCCUCCGAGGCCUCGGCGCCGCGACGGCAGCGGCGGCCCGAGGAGGGUCCCGCGGUGCCGGCGGAGAAGCCGCCGCCGCUGGUGAUGAAGGGCACCUGGCGGAGGAUCCGGGACGAAGACAUCCCGCACAUCCUCAAGAGCACGCUGCCGCCCUCGGCGCUGCCGCUGGCCAGCGCCGCGGAGGAGGAGGAGGAGGAGGAGGAGGAGGAGGCAGCGGCGGAGGCGAGCCCCGGCACCCCGAGGAAGACCAGCGAUGCCGUGGUGCAGACCGAGGACUUCGCCGCCGCCAAGACCAACUCCAGCACCUCGCCCACGCUGGAGAGCCGCACAGGGCCCGAGUGCGGCCGCGCUGCCGGCACCGGCGAGGGCCCGGCCCCCGCCAAGGGCCCCCUGCCCAUCUUCGGCCACGAGCCCGCGGCCGGCGGGAGCUUCCCCGGCAGCCGGCACGGCUCGCCCAGCCGAGCCGCCCGCGUCACCCCCUUCAACUACGUCCCCAGCCCCAUGGCCGUGGCCGUGGUGGCCGACAAGGCGGUGGAGAAAAUCCAGGCUUAAGCAGCUGCUGCAGAUAAACCACCUCCGCGCGGGUCCCCGCGCCGCCGGAGCGGGAGCAGCCCCCGGAGCCGAGCGCCGACCCCCUGCGCCCGGGAGCCGCCGUCCGCCUUCGGAGCCGGCCGGGACCGUUUCAACGGGGAAGGAGACGCAGGACGGCUGGAGAACGGCAAGUAACCCCGACCCGUUCCCCACCCCGCCUUUGGUUGUAUUUUCACGGAGUGCCACCGGAUCCGCCGCUGGAGGCCAGGCCGAGCCCGGGGACACCGGGACCGCGGCGGGUACCAGGAUGCUGGAGCAAGCGGGACGUUUCCAUGGCAGCGGCACCGCAUCCCUCUGCGGGAUGCAGUGAUGCUGGCGGAGGAGGUGGGUCCCUGCCGUGCUCCGGCCCCCGGCGGCUCCGGGGCAGAAGGUGACGCUCCCGGCUGCCCGCGGGCGAGGGGGGGUCCGUGCCCCGCUUGGGCCGAGCUGGGGGAGCGGGUCCGGCCGCGCUCGCUCCGGGACUGCGCCAAGCAAAGCCUUAACGCCUCACGGGGCUCCGCUGCAUGCUUCAGCUCUCGCAUCAGCACUAACACCCAGCUCCGCCACUAAUCAGCUAAUUUAUUAAAAAAUGGGGGGGAAUCAGGGGGGGGUCCCCCCGCCUUCCGCUUGGAAAUGCAGCUGGGGAUCGCGGCAGGGAGAGACGUCACGAGACAGAGCGUGCGGCCGUGGGGAGAGGCGUCCUGUGGGCGAUGCUGGGGGGCGGCGGCGACGCCAGGCCGGGGAGCGGGGUGCUGCCUGGGGAGGGGGCCGGGAUGCUGAGCCGGCUCCGGGGGUGCCCAGCUCCAGGGAAAGGGUCUGGGCCCCUCGCCCCAUCCGCACCGCCCCGAUCCCCGGGGAGGGGGGAAGAGCCCCAGCCCGCGGCGAGGGCCCCGGCACGUCCCCGCGGACACGGGUCCACCCAGGACUGGACUACGCCCGCGGCCCCGCACGGCCCCCACCCCGGCACGCCGAGCUCCGGGAAGCACGCGGGACCCCCGUGAUGGGGAUGGAGGGACCCGCACGCCUCGGUGUCCCCCUGCCCUGGGUGUCCCCGCUGCCCACCCCAGCGUCCCGGCUGCAGCCCGGGCUCUGGUGCCUGCGGGCAUCCCCGGGGCACUGCCUGGCUUUCUGCCCAUCGCCCGCGAGCGGUGCAGGGGCGACCGGGGGGGGGGACGUGCCUGUGCUGUGGGGACGCCCACGGGGGCUGCAAGGAAAUGCCAGGGGGGCUGUGGGGACACCCGUGGGGCCCCGGGACAUGCACAUCCGUGGGGGAGCUCUGCAAUGGGGCACGGACAGAUCCCAGCCCCGACCGGCACCGCGCUGGGGGACGCAGCACCGCGUGCGAGCGAGGACCAGAGGCCAAAGCCCCCGGGGAACCCGCCGCCCCCCUCCCCAACGCCGCGAUUCAGUGCCCGACCCGCGUAUCUGGCUGCAACGCUGCGUUCAGGCACCGGCCCCAUGGCCCCGCGGCCCCGUCCCCGUCUCUCCUCCGCGUCCCAGCGCCGGCGGCGGUUCUCCCCUGCGGAGAAACGCGCUGGGGUCUGCGGCGGCCCGUUGCCCGCUCCCGGUUCCUCCCCCAUCGCUGUAUGUAUGUACUAAGGAUGUUAUUUUACCAGGACUCUGGACAGUAUUAAAAAUUAAAAGCAAA